AUGCGUAAUGGGGUCCACGGCCACACGGGGCGCCUGCUCAUGUCCCUGUGCUUCAGCAGUCUCAGCUUCCUGCUCUUCCACAUCAUCUAUCAGAUCACUGUCAACAGUCUACUGGCCGGGAACAACAUAGACCGCGCCUUCAACUGUUCAACGUGGGAGAAAUCUAUACGUCAGAUUGGCUUCGAAAGUGUGAUAGGUGCAGAUGCAGGGAACGGUAUCCGUGUGUUCCUCCCUGACAUAGGGAUGUUCCUAGCAGGGCUGGCCUGCUGGCUGCUGUGUCGUAGUCUGUUUCAGAAGAGACCGCCAGAGGACAUGGCCCAGGAUAACACUGACUACGAACCGGAGGGAGAGGAGGAAGAGGAGAAGCUGAGCCUUGAUGACAACGUCCUGUUGGAUGAGGACUUUGAGGCUGGGUACGAGGCUGGAGAAGAGGAGGAGGAAGAGAUGGAGGAGGAAGAGGGGGAAGAUGAUGAAGAGGAGGAGGAGAGCAACAAGAUGAAGAUUCUGCGUCACAUUGCGGGUGUGGCGUCUAAAGUGAAGGAGAUCAUUGGGAAUCUGAUCACCACCGCGGGAAAAGUGGUGGUCACUAUACUGUUAGGAGUCACAGGUAUCACGCUGCCCUCCCUGACGUCGGCGGUCUAUUUCUUCGUGUUCCUGUUCCUGUGUACGUGGUGGUCGUUCUGCCGCACCUUCGACACCCUCAUCUUCAGCUGUAUGUGUGUCCUCAUGGCCAUAUUCAGCGCUGGACACCUGGUCGUCCUCUACCUCUAUCAGUUUCAGUUCUUCCAAGAGAGCAUCCCUCCAGAGGACAGCUACAUCAGUCUGUUCGGCAUCUCAUCCAUCAUCCAGACUGACUGCUCCUCCACGUGGAGGAUGAUAGUUAACCCUGAUCUGGCCUGGCACCACUUUGUUAACCCCAUUAUGCUGCUGCUGCUGUACUACACCCUGGCCACUCUCAUACGCCUCUGGCUCCAGGAACCUAUAGAGGAACCUAUAAAGGUAGGUAACACCCUGGCCACUCUCAUACGCCUCUGGCUCCAGGAACCUAUAGAGGUUGGUAACACCCUGGUAUCUCUCAUACGCCUCUGGCUCCAGGAACCUAUAGAGGAACCUAUAGAGGUUGGUAACACCCUGGCCACUCUCAUACGCCUCUGGCUCCAGGAACCUAUAGAGGAACCUAUAGAGGUAGGUAACACCCUGGCUACUCUCAUACGCCUCUGGCUCCAGGAACCUAUAGAGGUAGGUAACACCCUGGUAUCUCUCAUACGCCUCUGGCUCCAGGAACCUAUAGAGGUAGGUAACACCCUGGCCACUCUCAAACGCCUCUGGCUCCAGGAACCUAUAGAGGUAGGUAACACCCUGGUAUCUCUCAUACGCCUCUGGCUCCAGGAACCUAUAGAGGUAGGUAACACCCUGGCUACUCUCAUACGCCUCUGGCUCCAGGAACCUAUAGAGGAACCUAUAGAGGUAGGUAACACCCUGGCCACUCUCAUACGCCUCUGGCUCCAGGAACCUAUAGAGGUAGGUAACACCCUGGCCACUCUCAUACUCCUCUGGCUCCAGGAACCUAUAGAGGAACCUAUAGAGGUAGGUAACACCCUGGCCACUCUCAUACGGCUCUGGCUCCAGGAACCUAUAGAGGUAGGUAACACCCUGGUAUCUAUCAUACGCCUCUGGCUCCAGGAACCUAUAGAGGAGGAUGAAGACGAGGAGGGAGAGGACGGAGAGGAAGAGGAGGAGGUGGUUGGGAACGGCACCAGGAACUCUGCGGACAAGAGGAGACAGCUGUGGUGGAAAGCUCACCAACGCACAGAGGAAAGAAACGGGUUGGCUGCAAAGUCCAACGGGACGUCUUGUGACAUCUCCACCCUAAACUCGGUGGAGAAUAGACCGGUCGGUCUGGACCUGUACUCCACCCCACAGUAUAAAAUGGACCAAACCAAUAACAUUACAGAGAAGAAGAAUGGAAGUGUGUAUGACGUCAAUCCAACAGUGGGAGGAGAGACUGCUGGGAUGGAGGAGGAGGAGGAGAAGAAGGAACAGGGCGAUGAGGAGGAGGAGGAGGAGGAGAAGGAGGGCAGAGUGAAUGCUGUAGUAACAGUGUUCAGGUUCAUUAUGAAGCAAAGCUAUAUCUGUGCUCUCAUAGCCAUGAUGGCGUGGAGCAUCACGUAUGUUAGCUGGCUGACGUUUGUGUUCCUGAUGUGGUCGUGUAUGUUGUGGAUGGUGAGGGACCGUCGUCGUUACACCAUGCUAACCUCUCCCUUCAUGGUGCUCUACGGGAACCUGCUCAUUGUGCUGCAGUACAUCUGGAGCUUUGAGCUGCUGGAGCCCGUACCUGGACUCUUCCUCAAGAAGGACGUGCCCUUCAGUGAACUGGGAUCCAAGGUCCUGUGUCUGUUGAGCUUCUGGCUGCUGCUGAGACAGACUCUGACAGAGAGAAAUGACAAGCAGAGAGAGGAGGAUGCUGUACUCACUGACGUACAUGUGGAUGACCAACCAAAGAAGAAGGAGGAGGAUGAGGAAGGAGGGGAGCAGGACAUCAUGCAGGUUCUGGGGAACAUGGUGAUGGAGAUGCUGGUGAAAUACUGGAUCUAUAUCUGUGGAGGGAUGUUCUUCUUCGUCAGCUUCGAGGGACGCAUGGUCAUGUAUAAGAUCAUCUACAUGAUGCUCUUCCUCUUCUGUGUGGCGCUCUAUCAGGUGCACUAUGAGUACUGGAGGAGGAUCCUGAAGUACUUCUGGAUGUCUGUGGUGGUCUACACCAUGCUGGUCCUCGUCCUGGUCUACACCUUCCAGUUUGAGACUUCUCUACCCUUCUGGUCUAACAUGACUGGCAUGAGCGAAGAGAAACUGAAGGACCUGGGGCUAGAACAGUUCUCCGUAUCGAUGCUCUUCACACGUAUCUUCAUCCCCACCUCCUUCCUCCUAGUGUGUAUCCUCCACCUUCACUACUUCCACGACCGCUUCCUGUUGCUCACUGACCUGAAGGCUGUGGCCCAAAAACAGGACAGCACCAUCUACAGACUGGUACACCAGGAUGGAAGCCUGGCUGACAUCACCAUGCUCAGCAUCUCUUCUGGAGAAGGAGUGAUACGAGCAGACGACAAGAAAGAGAAGAAGGAGAAGGAGGGAACCCUGGUGGUGGUGAUGCAGGAGAAAGAGGGAGGGAUGAAGCAGAAAGGAGGACCCCAUCAGUCUAUAGACCUGCGUCAGUCAUUCGGAAAGUCGUUUGAGUUGCAUCAGUCGUUCCAGAAGUCGUUUGAGUCCAGUGCAGGGUCGGGCGGGAGUGGCCACUGCAGUGUGGGAACUGAGCCAGAUCCCUCCACAGAAAACACUACCUCAGACCUAAAGAAUAAAUGGCACCUGGUGGUGGACCGUCUGACUGUGCUGUUCCUCAAGUUCCUGGAAUAUUUCCACAAGCUGCAGCUCUUCAUCUGGUGGCUCCUAGAGAUACACAUCAUCAAGAUCGUCUCUUCGUAUAUCAUACUGGUCUCUGUCAAGGAGGUGUCCUUGUUCAACUACGUGUUCAUGGCGUGCUGGGCCUUCGCUCUACCCUUCAGUCAGUUCAGACCCCUGGCCUCCAGUAUCUGUACAGUCUGGACCUGUGUUAUCAUCGUCUGUAAGAUGUUGUACCAGCUGGAAUCUAUACAACCUGCCUCUUACUCCAAGAACUGCUCCAUGCCAAUGAACUACACAGACAAACAGAGAGAAGAGAUGAAAGACUCUCUGCUGUACAAGGAGCCAGUAGACCCUUCCAACUGGGUCGGACUCAACAAAUUCAACCCUCUACUGGAGAACCUUAGGAACAACCUGCUGAUGUUGGCCAUGCUGGCGUUUGAGGUGACCAUCUACCGUCACCAGCUGUACUACAGGCUGAGGAACAAGCUCACCGCGCCCGCCGCUCGCAUCAUCUUCCAUGACAUCACGCGGCAACACCUCGACAACGGCAUCGUCAACUGUGCCAAGUACUUCAUCAACUACUUCUUCUACAAGUUCGGGCUGGAGACAUGCUUCCUACUGGCGGUGAAUGUGAUUGGCCAGCGUAUGGACUUCUAUGCUGUGCUGCAUGCCUUCUCUCUGAUAGCCGUGAUGUACAGACGUAGGAGGAAAGCUAUAGCUGAGAUCUGGCCUAAAUACUGUUGUUUCCAGGCCUGUAUUCUAACCUGGCAGUACUUUGUGUGCAUUGGGAUACCACCUGCAGCUUGCAAAGACUACCCAUGGAGGUUCCCUAACUCUGCAAUGGACUCCAACGUCAUCAAGUGGCUUUAUUUCCCUGACUUCCACACCAACCCCAACCCAAUCUUUCUCGUCUAUGACUUCAUGCUCCUCCUCUGCGCCUCACUCCAGAGGAGUGUAUUUGAUGAGGAGAACAAGGCAGCUGUCCGUCUCAUGGCCGGAGACAACGUGGAGAUCUGCAGAGACCUAGACGCGGCCUCGUUCAGCGUUCACAACCCUGUGCCUGACUUCAUCCACUGCAGAUCCUACCUGGACAUGCUGAAGGUGAUCAUGUUCAGCUACCUGUUCUGGUUCGUCCUCACCAUCAUCUUCAUCACCGGCACCACGCGUAUCAGCCUCUUCUGUUUGGGCUAUCUGGUGGGAUGUUUCUACUUCCUGCUGUUCGGCGGGGAGCUGCUGCUCAAGCCAAUCAAAAAGAUCCUACACUACUGGGACUUCCUGAUCGCCUAUAACGUGUUUGUGAUCACCAUGAAGAAUAUCCUGUCUAUCCUGGCCUGUGGCUACAUCAAUGUCCUGGUGGUCAACAACUGUUGGCUGAUCCAGCUCCUCAGUCUGGCCUGCACCAUCAAGGAGUAUAAGAUCGUCACUAACAGAGACAUCACACCUGCGGACGGUGGUAAGAAGUGUGAUCUGCCCAGCGACGAGGCUGGGAUCAUCUGGGACAGCAUCUGUUUUGCCUUCCUGCUGUUGCAGAGACGCGUCUUCAUGAGUUACUACUUCUUACAUGUGGUGGCUGACAUCAGGGCCUCACAGAUACUGGCCUCCAGAGGAGCUGAAUUGUUCCAGGCUACUAUAGUGAAGGCAGUCAGAGCCAGACUGGAGGAAGAGAACAAGUCUAUGGAACAGCUGAAGAGACAGAUGGACCGUAUAAAGCAGCGCCAGGAGAAGUUUAAGAGUGGGAAGAAAAAGAUGUUGAGCCUGGCCCAGGAAUCUGGGGACAGAGAGAACCCCAUCCAGCCACAGGAAUCUGGGGACAGAGAGAACCCCAUCCAGCCACAGGAGCAGGAGGAAGAGGAUGAUGGAGCAGAGCGAGAAAGAGAGAAAGAGAAAGUGAAAGAGAAAGAAACAGCCAAGACUAAAAAAAGGCAGUGGUGGCGGCCUUGGGUUGACCACGCCUCCAUGGUGAGGAGUGGAGAUUAUUACUUGUUUGAAACUGACAGUGAAGAAGAGGAGGAAGAGGAGGAGAAAAGAGAGGAUCAAGAGCUGCCCAAGAAGUCAGCAUUUCAGUUUUUCUACCAUGCCUGGAUAACAGACUCCAAGACAGCCAUGAAGGAACGAGGCAAAGAGAAGCGUAAGUUCUGGAAGAGGUACACCAAGAGAGACAAACACAAGAAGGACAAGAAGGAAGGUCAUGUGACUAUAGAGAUGGAGGAAGAUCAGGAGGGAACACAGGAGAAGAAGUCUGACGGACCAGACAACGUCUUGAAGCGAGUGUUCAACAUCAUCAAGUUCACCUGGGUGUUGUUCCAGACCACGGUGGAGAGCUUCACCAAGUGGAUGAACAACGUGUGUAGAGAACACAUAGACAUCUCCACCGUGCUGCGCAUUGAGAGAUGCAUGCUCACUAGAGAGGUCAAAAAGGGCAACGUCCCGUCCAGAGAGAGUAUCCAUGUGUUCUACCAGAAGCAGAUGCGUAUGAGCAUGUCUCGGGGGUCCAGCCUGGACCGGCUCAGUGAGGAGGACAGUGCGUCGGGGGGGUCUCACAGGGUCCACAGGAGGAGAGGCGACUAUCGCAUGGAGAGCCAGGACAGCAUGGCAUCGUUGGCAUCACGAGACAGCAUAUCUAGUGCCUACACUGAGGCCACCAUGCUGUUCUCCCGCCAAGACACGCUGGACGAGCUGGACGGAAUGCCGUCAGACGUUCCCAUUCCCAAAACCAGUGAACGUGCCCGGCCAAAACUCCGUAAGAUCUACGGCCUGGACGCCUCCAAAUCAACUGACAGCAGCAGCAGCCAAGUGUCCAGUGAAACGACCCAGUGCAUCACUCUGUACUCCCGGCAGGGCACCACCGACACCAUUGAGGAGGUGGAGGACGAACAGGACCAGGGGGAAAACAGGCUGCACGGACCCUGGGAACACCCACCUCCGGAGGGGUCAGAGGGGGCUGAAGACAGCCCCUGGCGGGGUGGAGGAGAUGGUGGUGAUGGAGAGACCACAGAGGAGAGGGAGCGGUACCAGGGCCAGGGGGAUCCAUGGGGGUCUCCAGGCCCAGGGGAGGGCCCCUCCUUCAGGGUAGAGGAAGGAGCCUCAACCCUCCUGGCCCUACGAGAAGGGUCCCGACCAGGGUCCCAGGACUGUACCACUGACAGUGACGACGGGGGUGUCCAGGACCGGCAAGAAUACUUGAAUAGGGAAGAGCGUGACCGGGCGGGGUUGCUGUACACCCCAGACACGGACGCUCCAAACACCUCGGAUGCUGAUGUGCCUCCCAGCUACAGCAAGGCGGUGAGCUUUGACCGUCUGGAGGUGAGUGAGGAUGAGAGCGACAGGGACGACAAUAGGAUGAUGGCGAUGACCCCAGACACCAGCCGGUCAGACUAUCUGGACGACCCUUUGCUGCCCUCACUGACCACUGAGCUGACCGCCAGCGAACUGCUGCUCAACAAGAUGUUCCAUGAUGAGGAGCUAGAGCGGUCGGAGCGGUUCUAUGUGGGCCAGCCCCUGGUGCUCCAGUUGGUCUAUGCCCUGUAUAACAUGCUGGUGGCCCACUCUGAGAUGGUGUGUUACCUAGUCAUCAUCCUCAACAACAUGCUGUCAGCCUCCUGCGUCACCCUGGUCCUCCCCAUCCUCAUCUUCCUCUGGGCCAUGCUGUCGGUACCUAGACCCAGUAAGAGGUUCUGGAUGACUGCCAUCGUGUACACUGAGGUCACCAUCGUCAUCAAGUAUUUCUUCCAGUUUGGCUUUUUCCCCUUCAACCAGAACCCGAAGGUGGACGUGAACAAACCCUACCACCCUCCAAACAUCAUUGGAGUGGAGAAGAAAGAUGGAUACGUCGUCUAUGACCUCAUACAGCUUCUGGCGCUCUUCUUCCACAGGUCCAUCCUGAAGUGUCAUGGUCUAUGGGACGAAGACAACCUUAAGGACACCAAGAAGGAGAUCCUCCGCAGGGACACUGAGUCAGAGGACGAUGAGAGGAGGGAGAUGGAGGCCACUCCCGUCCCUUCCACCCCCCGCGAGAGGAAGGGGUCCACACAGACCCUCAGGUCUAUAAACCUGGGCAUGGGCACCUCCGUGGACUCUGUACACGUCCCCAUGCACAACCUCCAGCAACAGCAGCAGACCUACCAGAGGAGAAAGAGCUCCAGUGGAGGGUCUCAUAUCUCCCACCGCUCAGUCCACUCUGUACGCUCCAAGAGAGGCAGCACUAACUCCAGGAACAGUAGCCAUAGAGACGGGAGCGAGUCAGUGCAGCAGAAGACUAAGAAACAGCUGAUCAAGGAGAAAAUCAGAGAACAGAUGAUCAAAGCCAAGACCUUCACUAUCAAAAGGACCAUGGAGGUGUACCUGCCCAUCCGUCAGUUCUUCUACAACCUGGUCCAUCCAGAGUACAGCGCUGUAACAGACGUCUAUGUUCUAAUGUUCCUGGCCGACACCGUCGACUUCAUCAUCAUCGUCUUCGGCUUCUCUGCUUUUGGGAAACACUCCGCGGGAGCAGACAUCACGUCGUCCCUGUCGGAGGACCAGGUUCCCGGAGCCUUCCUGGUGAUGGUACUGAUCCAGUUUGGGACCAUGGUGGUGGACCGGGCCCUGUACCUCAAGAAGACAGUGCUGGGGAAGGUCAUCUUCCAGGUGAUCCUGGUGUUCGGGAUCCACUUCUGGAUGUUCUUCAUCCUGCCCGGAGUCACUGAGAGGCGUUUCAAUGAGAACACAGUAGCCAAGCUAUGGUACUGUAUCAAGUGUAUCUACUUUGGGCUGUCAGCCUAUCAGAUCCGCUGUGGCUACCCCACCAGAGUCCUGGGUAACUUCCUCACCAAGAGCUACAACUACGCCAACCUCUUCCUGUUUCAAGGGUUCCGUCUGAUCCCGUUCCUGACUGAGCUGCGUGCGGUGAUGGACUGGGUCUGGACCGACACCUCUCUGUCUUUAUCCUCUUGGAUCUGUGUGGAAGACAUCUACGCUCACAUCUUCGUCCUCAAGUGCUGGAGGGAGUCAGAAAGGAGAUACCCCCAGCCGCGAGGCCAGGCGAAGAAGCCGGUGGUGAAGUAUGGGAUGGGAGGGAUGAUCGUCAUGCUUCUGAUCUGUAUCAUCUGGUUCCCUCUACUCUUCAUGUCUCUGGUCAAGUCUGUGGUGGGGGUGGUCAACAAACCACUGGACGUCUCCUUCUCCAUCACCCUGGCCGGGUUCCAGCCCAUCUUCACAAUGAGUGCUCAGCAGAACCAGCUCAGAGAAGUCUCCAACCAUGAAUUCCAUAACACAUUCAUGAGGUCAUACCUCAGCGAUCCUGAAGCGAUGCAGUGGUUGGAGUCCUACAUGCCAGAGGACCUGACCAUAGCUGAGUUGGAGGGCAGCUCUAACAGUCUGUGGACCAUCAGUCCUCCCAGUAGAACUAACAUCAUGAAGAUGCUCAGCUCCAAGGAGCAGUUCCCCAUCACUGUAGCUUGGUCUAUCCAGCGGAACCCGACUCUGGGAGCGAAGGCUGAGUUUUCUACGGGGAAGAAGGUGAUGUUUCUGGAUGAUAAAACCAAGCUGGAGCUAUUCCUACUGCUCAAUGGGACCAGAAAAGAUGGAGUGGUGAUAAAACAUGGCUUCCAACGGUAUCUCCGAGCCCCUACUGACUCUGAGGCCAAACCCAUAGAACAGCUGUCUACAGAGGAAGUAGCCAUCACUUUGGCAUUGGAGCGUUUACAUAACGACUCAGAGGGGGUCCAGGAGUGGUGGAUCGUGAACCAGACUAGUCCGGGAAAGAUCAACGUUCGUAGCCCCAAGAAUCUGUACAACGCUGGGCUGGAGCUCUAUGUCUUCAGCGAUCAGGUCAGCCCUCCUAGUCUGGGCUUUCUGGCUGGAUACGGGAUCAUGGGUCUGUACGCCUCUGUGGUGCUCGUCAUCGGUAAGUUCGUCCGUGAGUUCUUCAGCGGUAUCUCUCACACCAUCAUGUUCGAGGAGCUGCCCAACGUGGACCGCAUCCUGAAGCUCUGCACCGACAUCUUCCUGGUCCGAGAGACGGGAGAGCUGGACCUGGAGGAAGACAUGUACGCUAAACUCAUCUUCCUCUAUCGCUCGCCUGAGACUAUGAUCAAAUGGACCAGGGAAAAGACUCAGUGAGCUUAGCUGUAAAAGGCUAGAAGUUUCAAUCCCCUUUCAAUGUGGAUAGAAGUUUAAAAGUAUUAACCUCCCACUGGUCUCUGGGAUGUUGAAGUUAUGGAUGGACUCGAUCAGUCCAGACAGACCGUUUUUUGCUGACACUUUAGUCAGUUCUUAACUGUUAGUCAUUUUUAUGGAAGUAGACCUCCGAGGAGGAAGGAAGGGCCAAAGCUUGCCGGCCCCUGUUGCAACUAAAAAAAGAAACACUGGGUUCUUCGAUUUCAUUUCAGCAAGCCAUGACACCGACCAUCUCAGAUUUUUCUGAAAUAGUCUGUAGUUUGAUAAAGAUGAUAUAAACAUUCCUGCAACAUUAUUUUGUUGAAAGACAAUUUGAAAUCUGAGAAAUUAAGCUAAUUGAUUGCACACAAAUCAUCAAUUUCAAUUUAAAUACCAAACAUCCAAUUUGGACCAAACCACUUAUUUGGAUUUGUUUGGUGGGGGUAUAAACAUCUAGUUUAUACCACAUGUACCCACAGCCAAACAUCACCCCCAACUCCCCAUCCCAUUCCCCCAGCACAACAUCACCCCCAACUCCCCAUCCCAUUCCCCCCAGCACAUCACCCCCAACUCCC